UUGUGCCAAGUUUUGAUGUUGUUAUGCCAAUGGCGGAUCACCGAAUCUGUGUAAGGCAUUUAUAUGCCAACUUUUGAGAUAAAGGAUUUCGGGGGGUGGCCUUGAAGGAAUUGUUGUGGAAGGCAGCAUCGGCAUAUACUGAGGUCGAGUUCAGAUUUCAGAUGGAAGAGAUGAAGAAAGUCAGUCCUGAUGCCUUUGACUACCUAGACAAGAUUGACCCCAGCGGAUGGUCGAGAGCAUGGUUCAGUGACUAUCCUAAAUGUGACCUCCUUGUCAACAAUAUAUGCGAGUGUUUCAACUCAUACAUCCUGAAGGCACGUGACAAGCCAAUUCUGACGAUGCUUGAGAUGAUUAGGAAGCAGCUCAUGAGAAGGUACCAACUUAAAAGAGAUGGCAUCAACAAAUUGAAGGGCAAGUUGUGCCCUAGAAUUGUUGAGAAGCUUGAGGCCAUUGGUGAGGCUGCAUCGGACUGCCUAUCCCGUUUUGCUGGUGAUGGCAUAUUUGAAGUAGAACAGGGAAGAAGGCAAUAUGCUGUGGAUUUGAGGAGGAGGACAUGUGGUUGCAGACAGUGGGAGGUGACUGGGAUCCCAUGUGCACAUGCACAUUCUGCCAUAACAUUUCAUGGGCAUAAACCGGAGGAUUAUGUAGAUUCAUGUUAUAGCAUUGAGAUGUACAAGAAGGCUUAUGCUCCCAUCAUAUAUCCAAUUCCUAGUGAGGAACAGUGGGUAAAGACUGCGCAUGAUGUAUUGGAUCCGCCUAGAUCAAAAAAGAUGCCAGGCAAACCUCGAAAGGCCAGGGUAAGAGGUCCUGAUGAGUCGAGAGUUCCUCAGAAUCCUUAUAGAAUGAGAAAGUUUGGAUUGAAGGGUAGAUGUGGGAUUUGCAAGCUGGUUGGACACAACAACAGGACCUGUCCAAUGAAGAAGGACCAGCCCUCGACAGAAGUUGAUUUGCCUACUCCACCCCUAGCUAGUUUGCCCACUCCACCCUCAACAAGUACCCAAAGCGUUGGAUGUAGCAGUAGUACAAGGGGAGGUGCACAACCAGCCUCCAACAGUCGAAGGGGGGGUGCACAACCAGCCCUCAAAAGGACAAUUACUGGUGCUACACAGCAACCCACUGCCACUGCCCCACCUAUUGCAACAGCUGAGAAAAAUUUGCAAAAUCCUGUUGGACUUAAAGUGCCCAGCUGGAACAGGCAACCGCCAGCACCCAAACCAUGCAUACCAGUUAGAAGAGUGUCUAAUCGAAUCAGGGCCAUGGUGCAAAGUGUUCCAAUUCAAAAGGGUCCACCUUUUUUGAUUGACCUCACAGCUAGGACUAGUACUGAUGGAGGAGGGAGAGUAUUUGGGUUGACCCCAAGAACCCCACAAGUUGCAGAACACGGUGCGGCGACAACAUCCUCAACACCGGCGAAAGGAAAAAGGAUCGCCCAUACCAUUGAAAAAGGAUUACAGAUUAUGGAGUCAAAGCCGAAAAGGAAAAGACCAGAAUGGAAGCAUUGAAGUUUUUGUUUUCUGGAAUAUAAUGGCAUUUUGUAUAUAGGAAAGGGUUGGACAUGUAGUUUAUGUAAGUAGUUUGAAUUGCAUGCUGAUUUCUUUUGGACAGAUUUCAGUGUCUUUAAAAA